AUGGUUCCUAUCAAGACACAAAAUAUCAGAGCCAUCAAGAAAUACAAGGGCAAUCAACUUCUAGACAAUCUAUUGCUUUAUUCUUUGACAGCAAUAACUUGUAGUUUAUUUUGUUCUAGCCCUUUUUGGUUUCCCUCCCUAUCUUCUUCCAUGAAGGUCUUUCUCUUUGUGUCUCUCCCCAAAAUCCGUUCGGUUUUCUUGAGCUACAAGUUUAUGUUCAUAGUAGGCAAUCUCAUUGUUGGUGUCCUUAUAGGAGAAUCCAAAAUAUUUUCUUCAGACCCUUCUUCAGCUCGUGAUGAGUAUAUUAACAUGAGUCGGAGCCUUCGGAGUCCUUCAACCAUUGAAGUCAAGGCAGAGGGAACAACAACAGUGAAAUAUGUUGAAGAAAAUGUGAUGAAGAGGACAGGUGAAGAUGGAGAGGACAUUAAAGAGAUAGGAUUGACUGAGGAAAACGACGAUUUGGAUGGGAACAAUGACUUUGCUUUGCCUGCUGAGGAGUUGAGCAAAAGGGCUGAUGAUUUCAUUGCAAGGGUCAAUAAGCAAAGGCAGCUUGAAGAUAGUCUUCUCCUAUUUAGUAGUGAAUAA